AUGCAAGUCUCGAUGCAGCCUAUCAACGUUCCGCUCCCAUUCACAGGGCAAUGGGACCUGCCCGGCCGAGACGGGUGCGUCUACAGGAUCCAGGUCGCCUGGCCGACGCACUGGACAAGUCGCGAAGGACACACCGAUGUUCCCGUCCUCUACACCACCGAUGGCAACGCCAUGUUCCUGACCGCCUCCGAGGCCUGCUGGCGACGCGCCUCGGCGCCCAACUUUAGCGGCGGCGGCCUCGUCGUUGCAAUCGGCUAUCCGCUCGACAACCACUUCCUGUUCAGUGCUCGGCGCAACUACGACCUUACGCCGCCGAGCGGGACCAGCCCAGAGGGCUACGGCGGCGCCGACCACCUCCUGGAUUUCAUCGAAGGCACGCUGAAACCGUUCAUCGCAUCGACAGUGCUGCCGAAGAGCACAAUCGGGAGACAGGCGCUGUACGGGCAUUCCUUUGGCGGCCUGUUCACCCUCUACACGCUCUUCACCCGGGCGCACCUUUUUGACUGCUUCGUGGCUAGCAGCCCGUCCGUGUACUGGGACGGCUUCACGGUACUGAAGCACGAGGAGGCCUUCCGCCGCAGCAGCGAGUCCGGCACCACGAAGCCAGUCCUGAUGCUGUUCUACGGCGGGUACGAGGAGAAUCCUCCGCAGUGGCCGGGGGAGAGCGACGAGGACUACGCGCGGCGGAGGAAAGGAGCUGAGGAGCGAGGCAUGGUUGAGAAUGCAAAGGCCAUGCAUGAGCGGUUGAGGGAGUGUGGGCGCCUGCGCAGUGUCUCCAUUAAGGGGUAUCCCGAGGAGGACCAUGGCACGGUGAUUGCGUGCUCGCUGAGUAGGUCUGUGACGACGUUUUUCGAGGAUUGGCAGGUUGCUAGGCCGCUGGCAUAG